AUGAUUUCCCGUCGCUGCACCUCCGCCUCGAUACACAAUAGCCUGAGGCUUAACCUGUCCAUUCUUAUAACGCGCAUUCUCCUUGCUAGCCUCAUUGGCGCUGCUCUAGCUUCACCACUGUCGAUUCGCGAUCCAUCUGUACACCGAACGCUAUCAGUACUACCCCGAAUGGAAUCUUCAGAAUCCGACACCGGAAAAGUGGGUUCUGGAAGUGUUAACAGAAUGGCCAACUCUGGCUCCCCGCCGCCAUACUCUGAAAUAGACCCUUAUCCCCUUCCUAGUAACGAAAUUGGCGAAGAUCCCACAGACCACAAUAUAGAUCGGAAGUAUCCCCCUGGACCUAGUAACGAAACUGGCAAAGAUCCCACAGACCACAAUAUAGAUUGGAAGCCAUUCGAGCUCUACUUUGAACUUCCUGAUACGUGGGGGUUCGUCAUCGACCGCAGAGAAGGAUUCAAAACGGGCACCAUCCCCUUCAGCAAGACCGACGCAGCCCGCCCUAUCGUUCGAUUUAUAUACAGGGAAGGAGAUCCCGGAACUCUCACAGACUUUGGUUAUAAAAUCCGUCGUAAAGUAGUCCGUCCUAACAAGAAACCUCUCACUUGGAACAAGUUUUUGGCACACAUGGGAAACAUGGCUGUGUAUUCCGGUCAAGAUAAUAGCGAGUUUUUGAAGAGAACGUGGAAGAUCUUGAUCGACAACUAUCCACAACUUGUAAAAGAACUUGAUGAUUCGUGGUCGGAGUAUCAGGAGUGGUUUGAUAAGAAAGUGAAGGAGGUGAAGGAAGAAAAGCAGAAAUCGGAUGGCGCCAAAGGAAAAGGAAAAAGCUGA